UGGAACUUGAGAAAAAUGGGUUAGAGGUUGAAGAUGAUGAAUAGUAACCCCUUCAUCUUCCUGCACUUUCCAACGGAACGGACGACCGUUCAAACCCAACGGUCGACCGUUACGAACAUUUUUAAGUCCAAAAAUGCUAUUUUUGAAGCUAUAAAAGCCUAAUUUUUUUUAUACCAAUCAAUUAUGAUCAAUAUAAAAAUAAUUGUUAAAAAGAAAAAUGAUGUUUUAACAAAUAAAAUUUAAUGUGAUAAAAUAAAAAUGAUGUUUUGAAAAAUAAAAUUUUAUGUGAUGUAUGACGUCAGCCGUCAAGUUCAAAAAUGGAGAACUACGAUGAGGAAUUUGCCAUGAUGGUCAAGCAAUUCCGGAAGUUCAAAAAGUUCUUCAAGAAAGCUGACUCAGUCAGAAGGCCAUCCAAGGGAAAGCCACAGGUAAGUGACUCUCCUCCUGAAUCUUAUUUGUGUUACAAUUGCAGGAAGCCUGGCCACUGGAAGUCAGCGUGCCCGUACCCAAAAGUGGAGAAGUACAGAGAAAGAGAAAGGAUCGAGAAGAAAAAGAAAGAAAUGGUUGCUGCUGAAAGUGACGAGUCAUCCGGCUCAAGCUCGGAUGAAGAAGCUCUCGUCUGCAUGGAGCGCGGAGUUGAAAAGUCCAACCAUGAGGAUAGAUGGACUAUGUCAGAAGAUGACACUCUCUGCCUAAUGGCCAAAGAUAAUGAUGAUCAAGAGUUCAAAAAGAUGAUGAAAGACUUUGAGGAGAUAAAUCUCAAACAUUCUUCCUUAACAGAGGAGAACAAAUUAUUGAGUGAAGAGAAUCUCAAGUUGACUGAAGGUCGGAAAAGUCAACUGAAUGAGAUCACUCAACUCAAGACUGAAAAUGAAUCUCUCUCUGAAAAGGUUGUCGGAGCAAAUGUCCACUUCCAGAAGUUAGAAGCCAAGUGCUCCUCACCAACAUUCUUCCAAAGCUAUCUACAAAUGAUAGCCGCUCAAGAACUCUCCGAAUUUCUUCAAAUGGAGAUUCGCCUCAAAUUCGAGGAAGAAGUUCUCGAAUUCUACAGAAAUGGAGAAAUCAAAACUGCCCAUUCCAAGAAGGACCCACAGAGGACGGUUCCAGUCAUCAAGUCCACUGUUGGAGGUACAAAAGUGAAGCUUUCACAGAAGAAAUUGGGAGAAAAGCUUCGCCUUCCCAAUUCUGGAGUUGAAGUUGGGAAAUUUCCAGUCAAAAAUCUGGACUGGAACAUCAUUGGAAUUUCUGGGCGAACUCCUUCUGGCCCUGCGAAGAAAGCAGAUCUAAACAACGAUUAUAAGUUGGUUCUAGAACUGGUCAUCGCUUGCCUCGAGUGUGGAAGUGGAGAAGAAAUUCCUCAAGACCAAAGCCUUCUAACCUCAUCUCAGCAUCAAACAGAUGAUGCAGAUAACCAAUUCUGGCAGCUAUACUAUGAUUGGAAAGCCUGGAAAGUUGGGAAUUCAGCAGAGCAACUAUUGAAUUGGGACCAACAGCUGAAGAAUGAGAAAAUCAUCAAGAAGUGCUUAGGAAUACCAGUCAACCACAACUGUGAACAGAUUUUGGAUGACUACUGGGUAUGGCAAAGGAACCCUGAGGACUUGCAUCUGGAAUACCUGGCCAAUACACCAGUUUCAGACUGUGAAGCAGAUGAUGAAGACACUGCAGUCUUCAAGCCAGUCUUCUCAAAAGCUACAGAAGAUCAAGUGGCUCUCACUUCUGAAGCAACAGCUGAGGAUUUCCAAACAUUUCCGGAAACCUCACCUGCCCUCGAAACGGAAACCUCACCCGCAUUUCAGGAAACUUCACAUGCUCCUGAAAUGGUUCUGACUGAAGUUGUUCAAGAGAAGGCAACCCCUCCCUCCCAAGAACAGAACCAGGAAACAGCAGAUGAAGAAGAAUUUCAGCCACUAAUCCAAUCUCAUGUUUUGGAGAUUCUCACCACUCCUUGUGAGAUCUCCAAUCCUAGUGAAAUUGAGAUCCCGGAAAAGUCAGCUGAAAUUCCGGAACAGUCAGCUCUUCCAGAAACAAUGGAGCAAGCUGUUGAAGCACAAAGGAAUUCUGGAGAAGCUGCAAAAGAAGCUCAAAUGGCAGAACUAGAGGACUCUGAAACUCAAGUAGCCAUUUUUGAAGAAGAGAAUACAGUUGAAGAAAGGGACUCCCUCUCUAGGGAAAUAUCAAAUUUUGCGCUUGAAACAGAAGGAGAAUCUAAAAGAACACUGAAGGUUACUGAUGAAGAAGAUGUCCAAGAAGAUGCUGAAUCUCUUCCUAUGCAACUCUUCCAAAGAACACCAUCAUCUCAUCAGACAAAGAAGGUCCAAGGGCUGAUUGAAUCAGCCCUAGCAUCUCAACAUGCCUCCUUUAGGCAAGAGAUAGAACAAAUGGAAGUCAGGCACACCCAGCUAAUAGAGAAAUCUGAACGAAAACACAGCGCAGAUCUCAAAGAAAUAAGCAAAUCAGUGCAGAAAACUCUGGAGAUUAUCUCUCUAUUGAGUGAAACUGUGAGCAACACGAUGGAAAUAUAUGCCUCUAACAGUCAACUUCAUCUCAAAGAGAUCAACAAAGUCAAAGAGCAAAUAGCGAGUGUCACAAUUAGUCUCCAAAAACAGAUGUCCCUUCUCCAAAUGGACAUCAGAUCAGCCCUAGCAGUAGCUUCUGCAAAUCAGGUAGUGACCAAAGACUACUUGAAGGUGAUUAUUGACAAUCAAAAGGAAGCAUACAAGCUGUUCAGACUUAUUGGUGCAAACUCUGGAAACCGCAAGAUGGAAGUAAUUCUCCAACAACACAGUCCAUCUCCAAUACCACAGCUCCCUAUUGCAAUCAAAGAAGGAGAAGUAUCUUAUAUUCCUUCUCAUCUGAACUUGACAAAUCUAAUCCUUGAAGCACAGCAAAGAAAUCCGGAAAACUCAGCACAACUUCUAUCCAGCUCAGGACUGGAUGGAACAGAAGUUAUAGGUACAGUUGUUGACCACUUCUCAAAUGAUGCUCAAUCAGAAGAAAGACGUGAAAAUUUAAGAUGCAUCAAAGAACUGUGUGGGAACAUGAAGGGCAUCAGUGAAGUUGCCGGAUCUUCAACGCGCAAGAGAAACUGAAGGUUCUUUACAUCAAAACAGGGGGAAAGUAUGUGAAAACACUAAUUUGUUUUGAUGAAAACACCUUCUUGUUUAAACAUUGCUUGAUUGGUUUAAACAUUUCUUAAUUAUGUUUUAAUUGCGCUUAUCUCAAGUAUAAUUUUGUCUUAAUUAUUUUUUUCUGAAGCGCAUACAUUCUGGGGGAAUGUAAUUCACGGGGAACUUAACUAGUUUUGGCUAACAAUUGUUGCAAUGAAUUAUUGAUAAGCUC